UGAAAACCAGGAUCCAGAUUAUCCCAACACCGAUUCCGAUUCAAGAGGCUUUUGGCUUCCUUUCCUAGAUUAAACUGUUCUUAGAAACUUUUCUCUGUUAUCACGCUGAUAAGAACUUUGGGUUUCGGAAUUCCAAUGUGCUUGAGCAGAGGGGAGAUUCUUACUCAGGGUUUCCACUGCGGAGAUUUUUUUUGCCCUCACUCUCACUGUGAUAAGAAAACCCUAGAAUCCCCAAAGGACCAUUAGUGAUUUCUUUAGGCCUUCCUAGUCUCAAAGAUCAGAGUUUUAAUUUUCUCACUCUCUCGUACGGUGAUCCCUUGGAGUCUGGAAUUGAGCAUCAAAACAGUGAAGAUUGGGUUUUAAGAAAGAGAUUUUUGCAUUGCUAGCUAAUUGAGCCUGUGCAUGUGAGAUGUAUAACCAAGUGAAUCACGGUCCUCACACGCCCAUGCAGCCAGCUUAUCAACAACGCCACCAAGCUCCACCUCCCCACUUUCACUUCCAGCAAGGUUCUCCUGCGCCCCCGAGCCUACAUGUACCCACUACCGUCCCACCUUACGUUGGGCUGUCUGCUUCUCAUAACUAUAUGCAUGGGCCUCCUGCUUCAUCGUCUACAGUUCCUCUUAAUUCUUCUAUGCAAAGUCCAUCUAGUUUGGUGCAAAAUGCUGGUCAAUCUUAUGUGGUUCCUCGACCUCUGUUGCAUGGGAACAGCUUGAUGCCUCAAACAUUCUCUAGUUUUGGCCAGAACUCACAGCAUUCCCCAAAUUUGGGGGUCCACACUCAUCAUAUUUCCCCACCAGUUCCACCUCCUCUUUCCAACCCUCGCCGUGAAACAUCUUGGGCUCCAGGGUCAUCACCUAGAGUUUUGCCUCUGCCCCCUCCUCCGCCUCCCUCAUCUCAUUCACAAGGACAAUCUAUGUAUCGACAUCCUGUUCCACCAUGCCCACCUCCGCCAGGUGAUGUACAGAGCCUUCAGCAUAUCCCUCCACCCCCGCCAGCCCCUUCUACUUCUGGUUUUCAUGCUUCUACUCCAGAUGAAGUUUAUCUUCACUCAUCUGUUGGGAAUUGCCAAGUACUUUCCUGCAGUCACCCACCAUUGCCAUCUUCUCCGCCCCCAUUUCUGCCAUCUCCACCGCCUUCUAACUCUCCCAUGACCUCUGCAUCUGACCUGGCUGUCUCUAAUUUGUCCUUUGACUUGCACUCUGAUCCCAAGUCUUGUAGUAAGCUUCAUAGUUCUGAAUUGAGGGCCGUAGAUCCUGUUGAUGAUGUAGUAGCUUCUGAUUUGUCUGGAAUUGCACCUUUUCCUAAGGAGGUGGAAGUAGUAAAGAGGCAGCUUUUGCUGAUAGAGAUGGGCUGCCAUCAACUAGAAAUGCAAUUUCAGAUCUUCCUCCACCUCCUUGCCGUCCAACAGAAGAUAAAACUGUUGAAAAGAUUGAAGCGUUAUGUCAGCUUAUUGUUGAGAAUGGUCCUGAUAUUGAAGAUAAGAUUUGUCAAGAUGAACGUGAAAAUCCUGCGUAUGCAUUUCUGUUUGAAGGUGAUCCAGGAACUGAAGCAGCUAUUUCCCAUAAGUAUUUCCUAUGGAUGAAGAGGAAGUAUAUUUUGGAAUAUAGAUGGCAUGCCAAGAAAAGUGAAUCACUGCCAAGGCCUCUAACAGCAGACUCUUCAAGGCAACAUGAUCAUCUGAAUGUUGUAACUGAAUGUAAUUCAGCUGGAGACUCUGACAUGGAGAUGGAAGAUGAUAUCACUUUGUCUGACAAGGACCAGGGCCUGAACAAUACAAAUGACGGUCUAAACCAGCAGCAUGAUGCAAUUAUUGGAUUUAGCAGUAAGAACCAAACACAUCGGUUGCAGGUUUCCAUAGAAAACAACCCUAUCAAUGAUAUCUUAGCCAGUGGCAUCGCCUGCUCUGGACCCUUGGGAGUCGGCAAUGCAUGCGAAGUACCAGAGCAUUUAUUUGAAUUGGAGCAGAUGAACACUGCCAAAUCAGUUACCAAGGUUCAUAGCACAAUGGAUGAUUCUGUAGAAGUGGUUAAAUUUCCCGAAGCCAAAGCUGCAGCUCCUUUAGCAGAUGAUCUCACAGAAUGUGGUACUUCUGAUCCUUCUGAAGCUAAUCCUGAUAGAGAUUCUGGACAACUAAUAAGGAGUGGCAGCCCAAUGAGACUUCUUCAAGAUUAUGCUUCAGAUGAGACUUCGGAUAAUGAAGAUGAAACAUGCUUGGCAGAUGCUAGCACUUUGAUAGACUCAAACGCUGCUGCCACCAGUGCUUCUUUUGCCCAUAAAGAUCUUGGGAGUAGUUUGGAGACAGAUAUUGGAUCCAAAAUUUCCACUGCUACUCAACAGGGGUGUGAGCUGCUUUCCAAGACAUCUCUGAAUGAAUCAAAAAUGUCUUUGCAUCUAGUGCAAGAGGGUGAUUUUACCCAUACAACCAACAUUACAAGUGGGAUUAAUGAUGUAUGCGUUGAACAUAACCUUGAAAAUCAGGAUCCUGUGAAUUUUGCUGCUUCUAUUGAAGCUUCCAAGGGGAAAGAUGUCUUGAGUAGUGCUGGCAUUGACUGUAGUAGUAAGAGUCUUAAUGCUGAGCAAGGCGACAAAAAGACUUCUAGGUUUGAAUUGAAUCCCUUGAAAGUGGAUGAAUUUGGAAGAUUUGUCAGGGAAGAUCCUACAGAUAGUGACUCUGAUGAUUCUCGAAAUUGUCGGACUAGGAGGCGGAAUGAAAGAGACCGAAGUUGGAGUCGCAGCCGAUCUCCUAUAGAAAGGAGUGGUAGGAGGAGGAAGAGGAGUCCAUGGAGAAGAAAAGAUAAGAGAAGCCGAUCUCGCAGCUGGUCUCCUUGGAAUAGAAGGAGCAGGAGCAGGUCUCCAAUCUUGAGACGAUCAGGUGAGUUCAUUGGUGAGAACAUAAAAAGGGACAAGGGAAAAUGUUUUGACUUUCUUCGAGGAAAGUGCUACCGUGGAGCAGCUUGUCGUUAUUUACACCAUGAACCCAAUAAGAAUGCUAGUUCAAGACGUCAUAGGAAUAAACAUGAUCUAGAAGUGUCUUCAAAAAAUUCUAGAAUUCAUGAAGCCAAGAAAAGCAUCUCUAUGAAACUGUCAGGUGAUGAGUGUGAAAGAGGGAGAAGUCAGGAUGUGCUACUUCGUCAGAAAGUAAGUGGCUGUUCUACUGGCCAGGAAUUAGAACAGAGGCAAGAAGAUUCUGUCAAGAAUGCUAUUAUGCCAACUAUAUCAGAUCAUGAUAGUCAACUGGUUAAUGCUCCUCCAACUAUAUCUGAAAGUUCCAGAGAAGUUGCUCCUGAAGUGAGAGAAACCUUAGCAGCUGUGGAGGAGCCAAAAGGUAUCAAUCAUGAUUAUGCGGCCUCCUCGAGCCGGCAACACUUGGUUGAUGGUUUUCCUUCCAACUCUAUAAGCAGUGGUGAUGCCUUGAAACUAUCUGAGGGUGCAUCUCGAGAUGUUUUUCCAUCAGAAAAUGGUUCACCUGUUCAGCUAUUGCAAUCAAAUGUUUCUAUUGGAAUGAUGGAACGUUCUGAUCACCCACCACAGAUUAUAAAUAAUUCCACCGUGUCUAAUUUAUUGCCUGAUUGUAACAGAUUGAUAGCCUCUUCCAGUGAGAUUUCUAAUGGUAAGCCUUUACCAUGUAUGUUACCAUCAACUCAGCUACAGUCUACUUCAAGUUUGACCAGUCAACAUAUGUCAUCAGAGCAGUCUCCAUUGAGCUCUCAGGCAUCUAAGGAGUUACCUGCGCAUAGUUCUGUGGGUUUUCCACUUCAUUCUUACCAAUUGCCUCCACCACCUGCUCUUUUGCAUUCUUUUAGUGGAAAUUCUGUCCAACCACAAUUGUCCUGGGAUUAUGUUUCAAUGCAGCAAAAUACACCCUUUCCUUACCAAUCCACCAGAAGAGAGCCUUACACAGGAAUCUUGCAUGCUCCAAAUCCUCACCUUUGUGUACCGCCUAAGAACUCGUGGACAUCCUUACCACCACUGCCACCAUCACAAUUUGCAUAUAGUUCUAGUUUAAAUUCAGGAGCUCCAACAUCCUAUGUUUCUUCUGAGUUUAAUGAAAACAAAUUGCAUCCGAAAACUGACUUUGUUUCUCAGACUUCUGCGAGGACUGGGAAGCCAUCUCACAUUCAGGGUUCUGAGUCUCAAGAUCAAACUUACCCUACAUUGAAGGAGCAUUCACGACCUCUGACACAUGCAGAAACUCUCUCUUCAAGGCCUCCUUCUCUGGGAAACUUAAUCAGUCAAUCACAUUUGGACCAUAAUAUUGGUAAAGAAGACCAUUAUAAGCAACUUCCAAUGCAUGAUUCAAAAAGUUUAAGCUCCCCAUCUUUUGCUAGCCUGCAAUCACAACCUAAGCCCUUUUCAUGGGAGUCAGGUGUCAACAGACUACAGACUUCAAGUUACAAGUUGCCUCCAGAAGAGCAUUUUAAGUCAGCUACCUUGAUUCAUCCUUUGUCACAGAAGCAACACACAGUUUAUAGUUCACAUUAUUCUGCAUCUGAUGGUAAUUUGGGUGUACAUGUGGAGACUGUAUCUGCAUCCAGAUAUCCACCAGAUGUUUUGGAUAGUAAUCAUUCAGCUUCUCUUCCAGACUUUGGGGGAUCGAGAAUUUCUGCUCACUAUAAUCCCUAUGCAUCCACCUUUGAACAGCCACUCAGUUCCAAAUUCAGUUCAAGUAUCUUUAGACAGGAAAAGGACAUGAUCCAUGUAAAUAAUUAUGGCUCUUCUUCCAGUUUGAACCGGACUCCAGUAAAUGGGCAAGGUGUUUUUGGUGUUGGAUCAAGACAAACAGCUUCUUCUCCUGAAUGUGCUAAAGGUAUUGGACAGAUUCUACCGAGGUCUGGUAGUGACCAAUAUGAUCCACUUUUUGACAGCAUCGAACCAUCAUCUGCUUCUCUCAAGAAAUCUCAUCGUGAUCAAAAGCAGGAAGUUACUGGUGAAUCUAACAUCUGUCUAAGACCCAAAAGUUCUUUUAAGUCUUUGGAUGUAGAAGAGAACAAGCAAUGGGAAGUUGGUGCUACAGCCUCUACCUCAUCUCAGAACAAUGAUGAAUAUGGUGAGACAGCAGAUGCAGAAGUAGGUGCUGUCGAAAAUGAGAGCCUAAGUAAUCCUGUGGAUGAUGCAGAGAUGGCUGCGGGUGAGAUUGAGAUUGAUCAGGUUAAAUCUCCAGGUAAAAGAAAGAAGAGCAAGGAUUCCAGAUCGAUGAAACUAUUUAAAGUUUCCAUUGCGAAUUUUGUGAAAGAGGUUUUGAAACCUUCAUGGAGGCAGGGUAAUAUGAGUAAGGUGGCUUUUAAAACCAUUGUAAAAAAGACUGUAGAUAAGGUGUCAGGGGCCAUGAAGGGUCACCGUGUACCCAAGUCCCAAGCAAAGAUAAAUCAAUACAUAGACUCUUCACAGCGAAAGUUGACUAAACUUGUGAUGGGCUAUGUUGACAAGUAUGUCAAGGUGUGAAAGCUUGAACUCAUGCCCUUAUGUUUCUUCACCUUGCGGCAUCACUCAGUGCCACAUGCUCAAUCUCCUAAUGGCCAUUUAUCAGAAAGAAGUGGAAUUUCAAUGGGAACGUUUUGGUGCUUCUUGGAAGCUUGUU